UAUUGUGUCAGGGAAAUCAGUUAUCUGACUUUCGUUUCUAUAGAUAGACCUGCGUUCCUCUUUUCCGAUUUGAUUACAGUUAUAUCCGGUUACACAAUUUAUAAAACAAAAUAAGAAGAAACAAUCACACACAUCUGACCUGAAUCAGAUGAAAAGUUACUGUUUUAAAUAAAUCUACAAGUGGUUUUAAUCAUAGCUCGUUUUAAAGGAGACAACAAUGCUACAGCCACGCAAAACCCACAGGAUAAUAAGCCCCUGCCUGAGAAACCACCUUUCAUUUCAAUUCAGAACUAGAAUGGUCAUAACUCUCUUAAAUAUACUUAUUUUAAUUACGGUCAACACUGCAGCUUCGCAAACAAGCAAUCAGCCUUAUCUAGUGAGUCCGACACCAACAUUGCCAGCCAAAGUUGUUGACGAUAUAACAACAGUACUCUUGCUAAAUAAUGAAUCAGGACAUGUGGGUGAUAUUCAUGGACGGUUCCUGACAGUACGUCCAGAAAUAGGUCUAUUGACAUCGACAGCCAGGACAUUUAUUCAGGAUGGAAUAACAACAGAGUUUGCCACAAAAAUUGUAGGGACAACUUUGAGUAACGGUCGGCUCUACGCACAAUAUAUCAAAAAAAGUUCGAGAGUUCUUUUUGAAAAUGAGCAUUUGACUCCAUCUGUGGUUACAAGUUGGGUGGGUGAAAGGGCCUCUCAGCAGACCCCACAAUUUCUACAGAGCCACAAUGACCUUUUCAACUCUGAUGAUGCCGACUGGCAGAAUGUCGAUGACAACCUUGGCGUUCAACAGGUAGAAUUCGUAGGCAACACGGAUUUUAUUACGCCACAAACUACAAUAGUUAAAUACUCUAUGACACCUGCCCUAAAAGAAAACAAGCCUAUUACUUCUUUAGAAUCUGUAAUCACCAGCAAUGACACAUUGAACUUUAACUUAAAUGGAAUAAUUGAAAAAAAUAAAUUGAUAAGUGAUAAAGUGUUUUCAAUUACAAAUUUGAAAACAUAUACAAUUAAAAGCAAUAUCGAAGAUAUUCCGAAUUCUGCAUUCCAGGAAAGUGCUACCGACUCUUACGCUCUCAGAGAAGAAAGAAAAUACGAAAUGCUUAGGCAACCAAGUCAAGGGCAUCAAAGUCUUUCUACCCAAAAGCCUUUUUUAGCCACUGUAACAUAUUACGGAUUCGCAGAAUUUACCACCAUCGUCGGCGAUAGUGUUAUUGUUUUUUCCCCCAGCACUUUGGAAAGCAGUAUGCACUUCGGACAAGUUACAUCCAUUAAAGGCAAUCCGACGUUACAGCCUGACUUUAUUCACGACUACCACAGCCAAAAUGUAGAAAUAACACAGAGUUCAUUAGAAACAGUAGAAACCCUUGAACAAAUAGAAUUGUUAAGCAAGAAGUCAAGUCUUGGGUCAGACAUAAGUGCUUUUACAAUUGAAAACCAAUCAAACGAUAUUUUAACUCCACAGUCAACUGCAUCCUUAGAAACCAAUUUUAAAAGUUUAUUAGUAGAAGAGGCAGCUGGAAAUAUUUUAAUACCAGAUGUUCUCUCGAGUUCCACUGCAAAAAAUGAUCUCAAAUCAGAAUCUACCAACGAUAACAAUAACCUUGAAAAGCUAGAAGGUGCAAAAACUGUAUAUAUUGAUGAUGAUCCAUUCUCUCGAUUUGUUGAGCUAUCUGAUUCAUCGAGCUCAAAGUCUGAAGCCACUGACCAGGACAGUACACUGAACUAUAUUCACUUAUCCAAUAACGAAGAUAUCAAAAAUGGGACAUUGAAAACUAGUACUGUUGAUUCUGACAUAAAAAACAUGCAUAGUUUGACUGAAGAACCAAUUGUUGGUACUGGGAAUAUAUAUGAUACUAACAUAAAAGACACUUGCAGCCAUACCACGUCACAAGUGUUUCUUACUCAGAUGCCCAAGCCAGUUCAAACAAGCAAUGGAAAUAUCGAGCCCAUUGCUAUUAAUGAUAAUCCUCUUUUAUCUUAUGAUAUUGUAGAGACUACUAAGUUCUAUUGCAUACAGGCAUCAAAAGCGGAACAAGAGUCUGGGCUUAGUACGAUUAAUGAGUCACAUGAGACCGUCACAGAGUCCAAUGGAGAGUUGAUGUCCACUGAGUUAAUAGAUGAUGUAGAUGAAACCACAGUUCGAGGCACUGAUGAUUACGAUGUGACAACAGAAAAUGAAUAUGAAGGCGAGGAUGAUGAUUACGAAAAUAAUGCCGAUGAUGUUGACUUAAUAUACAAAACUUUGUAUACAACUUACACAUAUUUGACAACUUUCUUUGAAGGGUCCAGUUCUACCGUAGCUAGCCACACUGAGAUCUUAACAAACAUUGUUUCCUCAACAUUAGGUGCUGAAGGUGAACUAAAAUCAAGCAACCUUGAAGGCCAAUUUGAAAAGGCUUCAAUUGUAUUGCCUAAGUAUACUAUACCUCUCGACAUAGCUGGUCUGUUGACUAAGAAAAGUACACAAAAUGAUACUGAAGUCGAAAAUACUAUAUCGACAUCAACUUCCAAUUUCGAUGACUUAAAAUACAGUAAGACUUUGUUUACAACUUAUACAUACUAUACAUCGAUUUUUAAGAAUAACGAUACUGAAGUCCAAUCACGAAGCGAGAUAGUCACGAAUUACAUUACAGACGAAAUGCCAAACUCUCAACAAAAUAUUAUCAUUUCAGGAGAUUCGCAAACGUCUGACCAAAGUUUCUUAAGCUCUCAAACACUCUCUGAUGUAGACAUGUCUCUUGGAAUGGAAUUAAAAUCAAGUAGCUCAAAUUAUACAGCUUCAGAUCUUUCUAUUACAACAAAUUCCCUUGAAGACCAAGUGAGCUCCGAAAGCAACACAGAGGAAAUAAUACCAUCAGCUACUUUUCUUCUCCAGACAAGUUUUACAACGUUUACUUUUUAUACAACCAUGUACGUUGGCGAAGACUCUAAUAUUAUAAGUCGUCUGGAAACAGUAACCAAUAUAGCUACUGAAACUUUGAAACCUACUAAAGUAGUAGUAGAUGACUCCUCUUUUCCUAUUACCUAUUUUACAACAUUUACCUAUUGGACUAAGUUAGCUAAAGAUGGUGAAAUAACUACACUUAGUAGAGAGGAAACGUUAUCGAAUGUAAUCCAACCUACAAACGUCACCGAAAUAGUUAUUGAUGACUCAUCAAAUACAGAAGUUGAAGCAAGUCAGUCAACUAUAAGCACUAAGUCCGAAAGCAAUAGUGACUAUAUUUCCAAUUCGACUAAUGCAGACAUUCGAUCAGAAACUACUACCUACUACACUACUUAUACUUAUUAUACAACUUCAUACGAAGUCAAUAAUACAAUUAUCGAUUCUCGCUUCGAGACCGUCACUAAUUUAGUGACUGCCGGGGAAGUCACAAUUUCCGCCUCUACUUUAGAUAUGAUGCCUAAGUCUAGUCAGUCUGAAAGUGCAACCGAAAACCCGAUUGAAACAAAAGCAAAGAAUGUAGUUUUAUACGAUUAUAAACAAAUUAUUGAUGCAGACGAGAUAAGCACUUUGUAUUUUACAACCGAAGUUUUAUCUUCGCUAAAUAGUGAAGGGCAUGAAAUAGAAAUAACAAGUAGCUCCUCGAGAUUGCUCGUUGACGAAUCGAAAAAGGCUAGUUUAGCCACGAUCUUAAGUAACACACCUGAUAAUAGCUUAUCCAGCCUAAAGAUGCACAAAACGGGCUUAGUACGGCUUAUUGAAGGCAAACGCGUUCAAAACAGUACGACUACACUAUACCAAUCAAAAGUUAUUGGAACUGUUAUAGAUAAUCGAUAUGCCCAAAUCAUUGAGAGUACAUCAAGUUUUUUCUUUGAAAAGUACACCCCCACAGACUAUUUGGUCUCGUCCACCGUUCAAAUUCCUGUGAUGGCAACAGCAAAUGGAAAUUUCCUUAAUUCAACGAACAACAUCAACACUGAAAGUCAAGAUGCAACAGUGUCUGACAUAAAGGCAAGAGAUGAUCUUGGCACUGACGGGCUUGCACCACAAAAUACUAAGCCAUUAUUCGCGCCUGUAAUAAGGCCUUUUGCUUCCCGAAACAGGCCUACAUUCGCACCAAAACAAAAAACUUUAGUCCCCAGCAGUGCUACCAUAAUAACAAGAUCAGACAUCACACCCACCAUUACGGCGACUCCUGCUUUAAAGUCAGCCGGUAAAUACAGCUCGUCACGCAGGGGUGUCAUUUCGAAUGCGCCAAUUAACCCAAAUGAGUUUCAGAGUUUGUCCCAGGGUCAGGCAUCAAGGCGCCUAUUUGGACGUCCAACAAAGCCACUAUCAAAUUCAGCCGAAGCAAAUGGCACUCUACCCUUCAACAUUGCAUUUUCACCUUCAAAGAAUCGCUUUGUUUCUUCUUCCCGUAAUGUUGUUAGUUCCAGGCGACAAAGCAUUAAUUAUCGAUCAUCAAAUGUUCCUGGUUUUCGUGGAUCUGGAAUAAUAGCCAAUUCUAGGCUACGCAUAAAACCAACUAACUCAGUGUUAGUGUCGACGCAGUCAUUCAGCAAAGUGCCAAGUUCAGAUAGUAGUUCUGAGGAAGAAAAUUCCACAGAUGAGAUAAAUGAAGAGGACGAAAGCCCUAAACAUACUAACAACCCAUUGACACGGUUCCGUCGACCUUUGAGUGGGCCCAAUGCGUUUACGCCUGCAAUAAGACAAAGUGCUGGAAACUCGCCAGCCGUUUCGCUCAGACGAAAUCCUUUAUCGACUCGAUCCAAAACUUCGACUACAACAAGCAGCACAACAACAACGACGACCAAGCCCCGAACUAGAAGUUUUCAGAGACCUCUUCCAUUUCAGUCAGCAAGGUCAAGACCACAAAACUCCCUUUUCCCACCACGAGGACUUUUCCAGUCUCUGAAAAAGGAAGAAAGCUCUAAGGAAGUUAAGCCAAACGAUAGUGCGACUGAAAAUGAUCCUGAAUACGUAGACGAUGACGUAGGAAAUGCCGAGGAAUCAAGCCCGCAGGAAAAUGUUUACCGCAUAAAAAGGUCAGUUGGUACUUUGACUAACCCGAAACGUAAUAGUAGAGUACGUCGUCAAGCAGAUGCAUUGAAAAUAAGUAGAUUUCGAUUUCGUCGACAAAACCAAACAGCUACGUUGACUAAAGAAGAUUCAAAGCUCUUCGGGCCUGAGGUUCGUACUGAAACCACGCCAACUUCGCGGGAAAAGAUAAGUUCAAGAUUCGGUUCAAGAUUUCGUUCUCCACAGGGACAGCAGACAACAUUGCUUGAAUCAACCACAGUGGCCAAUCAUAAAUCGAUUCGACCGACAAGACCGAUAACGAAGCGACCACAAUUUACACUAAGAGAAAAAGAUGUCACUUUAAAAGGGCCUUCACGUUCGAGUACAAGCAAUAACUUUCGGCGUCAACAGGCAACUGGAAAUGCCUCAAUAAGACGUGCUGGUACCUCAAAUACAGGUAAUUCAAACAGCCGUAGGCUUAAAGGCUUGGUUAGCUAUAACAACAAAAAUAAUGGAGAUCACGGGCGACUCUCAAAUGUGCAACGAUCUCGAAGUUCAAGUUCUAAUACACUGAACAGAGGGAGGAGUCGAGGUCGAAAUCGGAACGAAUUCUCUCCAGACCUGCAGUCCAUAGAACACGAAGUUCACUCCAUCACAGUUACACAUUUCAUACCAUCUGAAUUGACGAUACCAGUUGUCAACGGACAUGUCACCGAGUACAAAAACAUAGUUACUGCCAAGGCAAGCACCGAGGUUGUUGGACCAGAUGACUAUAUGCAAGUAUUGGGGACAAACGGAUUGAGUUCUAUAUACCUGAACAGAGAGAUAUCUAGUAUAAAUAUUGCUGGUGCCACUGAACAUACAAAGUAUUUGCUACACGAAUCCAUCACAAGUUCAAUAAUCUUUACACCAACCACAAUCCGCGGUAGAAAGACAUCAUUUUCGCAUGUGGUUCCAUCGACAGCCUAUUCGGUAGAGUACCUGGUAACUACAAUACAGCCUCAAAUUCCUGAUAAUGCGCCGCUUGCCAACAUCCUACUAUCCCAGUUACUCUUGGGAAAUCUAAACCUACCUGCUCAACCUAUAUUAGGUGCUGUUGGGCAGCUGACAAGUGCCACAUUGGCACCCACAUCAGUUGAGCCUGUAACUGAGUAUCGCACCCACACAUCCACCUACGUAACUACAAUUUUCGAUGGGAAAUCGACUAUUCUUCCAAUAACCUUUCAAGGAAAAAAGAUUCUAACUACCGUCUACGAUACCACUGCACAAACAAUUACAGCCACAGAAUACAGCGUAGAUACAAUAGUUAAUACUGUCCCAUUGCCUUACAAUACGCAGUCCAUUGGACAGGCAGCUCAGGUGAACAAUUUGUUGCUCCAACAGUUGCUCCUUCAACAACAACAAGAUGGGUUCUCACUACCCCAAGCAGUAUCGAAGACUGUAUCGCCUCAAAUAUUUUUAAGUGAAAACCUACAGGACUUGGAAGAAGGUUCACGGUUAUCAAAACAAACCGAUGUCGAUUUUGAAAAUGAUUCUGACUUUAUGUCCAUCAGCAGCGAGUCUCAACCCACUAAAAGCAAUAGAAAGAAGUCGCGAAAAACCAGCUCUGGGCACAAGCGCAGUAAGCAAAGGAAUGUAGCAGUGGAACCACAGGACCCCAGCGUAGUCACACUCUACGUGUCAGGACGAAGACCUGGUGAAUUCAGUACUGUGUUGUCGACGGUGGGAAGCGAGUACGAUCACUCAGCUGCCCUACAAAAGAGGGAAGCAUUCUUUGAAAUUCAACCAACUGUCACUUCGAUGGACCAUUACAUUCAGUUUCCAAACACCGAAGAAAUAGAAGAUUUUCAGAAACAUUUUUGAAGAUCAAACGAAGUUGAGUUUACCAAGCGGUACGCAAAAUAUUGUUGUUAAAAAUGUUAAUUACCUUGGUAUGUUCUGCACACGAAUUAAAUAUAUAAUGUAAAGAAUGAAUUUUGGAAGAUUCCCGAUUACUAGUCAAAGAUUAAACAAAUAUGAACUUAGAGUCUUCUGUUCACUCGUGCUCACACUUUCUUAUUUUUCUUUAACACUGAGGAAACGAAAUUGACAUAAUUUGUAAAUUUACAUGACAUUAUACGCAACUACAGUCGAAUCCCGAUAAUUCGAACCCCGCUCAAUCGAAAAUCGCGAUAAUUCGUAAAAAAUUCUGUUCCCUUGAAAAACAAUCCCUUGAAAAAAAUCUCGAUAAAUCGAAUUCCCCUCUAAUUCGUAAAAAAAGUGAUCCCCUUGCCAUUUCGAAUUAUCGGGACUCGACUGUAUUACAUUACAUACGAAACAAGUUUGCCAUUUGUUUUCUCCAUACAUAAAACUGCCAUUUUACAAAACGUACGCUACCAGCGUUAGCGAUUUUUCUGGAACUUUUCUUCAAUUUAUAAAAAAAUAAUAAUGUAACUAAAAAAAAGUGUUUUUUGAGAGUACACAAUAACAAAAUUGAUAAAAAAGAAACUCAUUAGGUAUAAUAUUUUCUGAUUGCCUAUAAUGGCUUCUAGUUUACAUAUGUAUGUAUAUUGGUUUUGAAUUGUAAAAUCAUGUAUGUUACACCGGACUUUAACCUUUCUUUACACGUGUUACGACAUGAGGAAGAGAAAACUGAUUUUGAUUACAUUAAAUGUUAUAACAUUACCAUCUAAAUUUAAUGUAUAUAUGUAUGUAUGUGUACAAAUUUCUGUAUUUACUAUUUCCCUACUAAUACUUUAGAAAAAUGUACAUAUAAAAAUAAAAAAUAGUUUAUCGAGUUAUCGAACUUUUUAUAAAAUCGCA